AUGGGUGGCACACCGGAGAACUAUUGCAUGCUGCAGGGUUUCGAGUGGAACGUCCCUGCCGAUCAGAAACAUUGGAUCCGGCUAAAGAACGUGCUCCAAGACCUGAAGGACAUCGGGGUGGACAAUGUUUGGCUUCCACCUGCCUGCAAGGGCCAGGGAGGUGCUCAGGCGAACGGCUACGACAUCUACGACCUGUACGACGUUGGAGAAUUUGAGCAGAAAGGCUCGAAAUCGACCAAGUGGGGCCCGAGGGAGGAUCUCGAUCAAUUGUCCGACAAAGCGCAAGAACUCGGAAUCGGGCUCUACUUCGAUGCUGUUCUGAAUCACAAGGCCGGCGCGGACAAAACAGAAAAGUGCAAGGUUGUCGAGGUAGACCAGAAUGACCGCACCAAGGAAAUUGGGGAACCCUUCGAGAUCGAAGCUUGGCUGGGUUUCGAUUUCCCCGGUCGCGGCGACAAAUACUCGUCGCAGAAGUAUCACUGGUAUCACUUUUCAGGGACCGACUACGACGCCGCAACCGAACGCACGGGCAUCUUCCGCAUCCUUGGCGACAACAAACACUGGUCUCGAUCAGUUGGGGAGGAAGGAGGCAACGCCGAUUUCCUCAUGUUCGCAGAUUUAGACUACGCCCACGACGAGGUUGGCCAGGACGUUAUUAACUGGGGUGAGUGGGUCGUCAAGACGCUCAAGCUGAAAGGCUUUCGUUUCGACGCGUGCCAGCAUUUCUCCGAAACAUUCACCAACGGCUUCGUGGCGAAUCUGGAGAAAAAGUUCGGUAAGAACGCGCUGUUCCUCGUCGGCGAGUUCUGGUCGGGUGACAGGAAAGAGAUGCUCGAAUACCUGGAAAACAUGCAUCACCACUUCAGCUUAUACGAUUCGCCCAUGGUGUACAAAUUCUCGGAGAUCUCCAAGUCGGAGAAGGGCGACCUGCGCAAGGUCUUUGACGGCACGUUAGUUCAGGCGAAACCCGACAGUGCCGUGACGGUAGUGAUGAACCAUGACACUCAGCCAGGCCAGACGGUCGAGACGCCCAUCGAAGGCUUCUUCAAACCACUCGCCUACUCCCUGAUCCUGCUGAGACAAGAAGGGUAUCCCUGCGUCUUCUACGGCGACUUGUACGGCAUGAAGGGCAAGCACCCGGAACCACCAUCGUGUGGGGAAAAGCUACCUCAUCUCGUCCUGGCACGGAAGCUCUUCGCCUAUGGAGACCAGGAAGACUACAUCGACGACGAUCCCAACUGUUACGCAUUUGUGCGCAGAGGUACUGACGACCGAAAGUUCGGCCUGGCAUGUAUCAUGUCCAACGCCGACCCCAAGACAAGGAGGAUGGCUGUUGGUAAGGAACACGCUGGAGAGACGUGGACCGACAUCCUGGCAUGGCAAACCGAAGAGGUCAAAAUCGACGACGACGGGUUUGGAGAAUUCAUGUGCUCUGGAACAAGUGUCAGCGUGUGGGUGAACCGGGACGCAGACGGCAGGGAUAAAAUCGACAAUCUCCAAUUCGACACCGACAUAUACGCAAAGGCCUAG